AUGAAAUAAUUAUCUAGAUCUUCAUAACAACACAAACCAAAAUAAAAGAGUGAACCUUCUCUCUUACCUAAUAUUGAUAUUCUUAAAGAAAAUGUAAAGUCUAGUUUUGCUUUAGGGCAUUUGAGAGGUCUCUUAACAUACAAAUAAAUGCGUGAAAUUCCUAAAACAGAAAUCUAAGUAAAACGUGAUUAAACAUUUGGUGUGGCUAAUAAAUAAUCUAAGAAUAAAAGAUUGACUUUUCUUAAAUUUGGAUUUAGAACUCAUGAAAAGAAAAAUAAUUACUAUUUACAACCUUUAAUUAAAAAAGUUAGAGAUGUAUUUGGUGAUGCUGCAAAUGAUGGUUCAAUGGGAGUAGUAGAUCUAUGGAGUGAUCGUAAUGUCAAUCGUUUAAUGGAUGCCAUUUAAAUGACAAGAGAUAACUUAAUUGUUCGUAAAUUAGGUAAAGAAUUAAAUGAAGCUGAUCGUUUCAUUCUUAAUCGUAUUGAAGAAAAGAAAAUUAGAGAUAGAGUAUUUAUGGAAUCACUCAAAUUAUAAUUUUAAGAAACUGAUACAUUCUCAUUAAAAUUUCAACUGUCUGAAAAAGACAAGAAAAUUGUACAAAGAGUCGCAUAACCUACUGUCUCAAGUAAUUUAAGACAUACUAAUCCUAAUGAAAAUAUUUAGAAUAUAGUUGAGAACAUAGAUUAGUUACAUCAAGAGAACCUGGAGAUAUAUACUAAUCUAUAUAAAUAAAUUAAACAGAUCUAAAAAAACAUUAAAUGA